GUCUGCUGGAGCGAGCGGGGGCCGCGGCUGCAGCCCGUGGCGCACGGGCCGCUGGGCGGCGUCGGGCCGCUGGCGGGGCUGCGGCUGCUGGACGAGGGGCGGCACUUUGCGACGUGCGAGGCCGCGGCGGUGGUGUUCUGGGCCUUCAUGGAGCGCGCGCCGCGCCAGGCCCUCCGCGUGGACCUCAACAAGCCCGUGCGCGCCUUCGAG